ACCUACAGGUGCUGCGUGUGGCUUUGCCAUAGAAGGGCUGCCUGUGUUUAUCACCUGCUUCAUACUAGACCCUGGCAGUACACCUACCAUCAUCGCCUGGGAAUAACAACCAGUGCAACCAAAGCCCUGCACAGAAGACCAUGGGGAAAUUCAGAAGCAUCCUUCUUGUCUUCCUUGGCUAUCUUCUUGUCCACGUAAGAGGUCAACGUGACUUCGAUUUAGCUGAUGCUCUCGAUCAUCCAGAGGAUAUAAUUACCAGGAAGCCCACAGUGAUCAGAAGACCAACAAGACCUCUGAUGAACAAUGACCUGCAUUUAGGAGAUGCGCUUGGUGGGGGUGACAUCCCAAGACAACCACUAUACCCACCUCUUCCGCCACGACCAGGAAGCCAUAGUAACUCUGGAGGAUUUAACGACUUCGAUCUUGUUGAUGGGAAGCAUUUACCACCACACAUAGCAGGAGAAGAAGGGCAUAAUUACAAUCACGGUGGAAACACGGAUUCAGGAUUAAUAGCUGGAGUUACAUCUCCUAUAAUUUCUGCUUUUGUGAUAUUAGUUGUUGGAUCAAUAGCGGCCUACACAGCUUACAAGAACAACAAGCUUUGUUUCAAACCACGUGGUGGGGCCACAGUGUAAAUUGCUGAAAUGAAAACUGUCUGCUGGUGACACACUGCUUUGGUUGGUGAUGUUCUGCCUGCGGAUCUGACAUUUUUUUCAGCUUCAUAGUUCUGAGCAAAAAAUCUUCCUCUCAUGAAUGUUUUGCAAAGAUACUGCAAUUCCAUUUUCUUUUACAUGACGAUACUCUUAAACCUUGAGAUUUACAUCAUCAAAGAUGUACUUAAAAUGUCCAGGAUAAGUAUUGCAAUGUCUGAUGUGUAUUCAUAUAUGUUGGAUAAGUAUUUUAAUUCAGGAGCUAUUUUAAAUGCAGAAUUCAAGCUUAAUAUGAGCUAAAAUUUAAAUAUGUUGGUUUAUGAGUGUUUCAGUCACUGAAGAUUUUUUUUUCCUGUUUUCUAAAUUGGCCAAAGUCAUUCUGAUAGGACAGAAAUAAGAAAAAUGCCAUUUCCAUUCACACAUUUUGCAUAUUUCUGUAUUGUCUGUGGUAUUUAAGAAAAAAACUGAAGUUGUGUAAAUGAUAAAACAUUUUAAUGCCUUUACUUUGUAUCUUAUGUCUGAACUCUUGCAAAGCAGAAAGAGCUACAAAUGGAAAAUACAUUCUUAAUUUUAAAAUACAGCGUGAAAAGAACACGUGCACCAAUGAGCCACUGAUUAAAAUAAAUAAAAUGAGGAGAGCACAAGUUAAUUUUAUUUAUUUAUUUAUUACUGAAAUGGUAUUUGGCUCUUCUCAGGAGCUGGAAUCUGUCGUAAAUUAUGUUUUCCUUCUUGAAAAAUUAGAAGCCUCCAAAGGCAAUCUGAGAUAUUUUUUCAUCCUUUUUAUUUUAAGCAACGCGUCAUUCAUAAUUUCUUUGAGGGAAAACUGGGUGCCGAGGGUUUGGAAUCAGUCAGAACCAAUCUGUGACAUUUUGUCCUAUGAAUCUAUGUCACCAACUUUUAAGUUUUGUACAUAUCUUUAGGCAGAGGUAAAGUUGAUACUUACAGUUUUGCUAGGAAGCUUGCUUCAUCUUCUUCUCUUGCUCCUCAUCAACCUUGCUGUGUUAACAAUGUUUGUAUGCAGACAAAAAUUAUCAUCAAAACCUAACACUUUUCCAGUUUCUCUGUCUUCAGGGAAUGAAAUGCAGGUGAGAAGCUGGCAAAACUAGUGGUUUACUGACAUAAUUCUAUCACAUGGUUAUUUUAGCUAACUUACAAGCAUAGAGGAAAUACACAAAUAAUGUAUUUUCUUACAAAUUUGCAUGCAGAUGGAUGUAAAAACAGUUCUGUGUUUGUUGAAUUGUUGAGAGAGACAUCGAUUGGAAAGGUACACUUUUCAUAAAAUAAAAUACUUUUCUAUCUCCAUAUUUGACACAGAUAUUUCAGAUGCUGAAGACAUCUUUAUUUUGAUCCUGAAUGUAAGAAAUUAUAACGUGCAUCAGUUUAAAUAUAGAAACAUUUUGACAUCAUGCAAAGAAACAAGCAGCUUUGUGGCUACCGCUUUCAACUUCUCAUCAAUAAAUGUAUUUUAAUAGAGUUUUCAGGGACACAUAUGCUUUUUCUUUAAAAAUACAAACUUCCCAUGUUAAUACUUAUGACAGUUACUAUAUGUUUUGUCGGGUAGGUGUAAAGGUAAUGUUAAAGCUUUUUGUGGUUAACAAUAAAAAUACGCAUGCUCCUUCUUUCUCUUGGAAAUUCUCAAUAAACACAUACCCUGUUUUACCUAAAAUGAAA